AUGUUUCUCCGUCGAUUUCCAGCUGUGAUUUCUCCGGCGAGAAGGGUUUUCAGCAGUAAAAUCUACGAAGAAAUCGAUCCCCUAACUAUGAAUAUACAUGAGCUAAAUCAGGAAAUGCAAUCAAUCUUUGGAGAAGAACCCUCUCCCGAUGGAUUUACCGGUCCUACGAAAAUGGAUUUCUCUGAAUUGAAAUCUCUGGAAUCUACAAAACCUGAGAAUCCUGAACUUAGAUCCCAGAUUGAGUAUUCUCAAGCUAAAGAAKWARCUGCAAAAGUGGCMMGUGAUAUYUCUAAUAAGCUAACGCAUGUAGGGAUCUCAGGGGAAGCUCAAAUGGUGGAUGUUUCUUCCAAGGACAAUACUAAGAGAACCGCAUUGGCUUGCUGUAAAGUUGUUCUCGGUAAAAGAGUUUUCGAUUUGGUCUUGGCGAAUCAAAUGGGGAAAGGAGAUGUUCUUGGAGUGGCGAAAAUCGCUGGCAUUAACGGAGCAAAACAGACCAGCAGCUUAAUACCAUUGUGUCAUAACAUUGCUCUUACGCAUGUUCGUGUGGACUUGAGACUAAGCCCUGAGGAUUUUAGUGUUGACAUUGAAGGAGAAGCUUCUUGCACUGGUAAAACCGGAGUUGAUAUGGAAGCUUUGACUGCUGUAUCAGUUGCUGGCUUAACUGUUUACGAUAUGUGUAAGGCUGCUUCGAAAGAUAUCAGUAUUACAGAUGUGAGACUCGAGCGUAAAACUGGUGGAAAGAGCGGGUAUUGGUCUAGAGAAGAGUGA